AUGCACUUCAUCCAGAUCCUUGGUCUUGCCCUUUUCGCGGCUGCCCAAAUCAGUUGUGCGGCUGUCCCGGCUGCCGAAGACGCCACCCUGUCACCGGCACCUCGACAUGUGCUCCUUGAACGGGCCAAUCCUAGUCCUCAAGCAGUCAUUUGCGGUCCGUCUAACAACCAACAGAAAUAUGGCAAGGAUGCGGUCAAGAAGGCGUACAACAAUGGUAAGAAGUACUGGAAGAAUUACGAUGACUCCCGUUGCUACAACGGCAACUGCUUCCCUAAGAAGUACGGAGGCAACGGCGGCAACGUUCGGAGUAAUCUGCCGGCCGAGUGCGAUGUCAACGCCCGAGGCAGCGCGCUCGUCGAGUGGCCUAUCAUGGAAAAUGGAAAGGCCUAUGCGAAUGGCGUCAACCCGGACAAUGACCGUGUCAUCAUGUGGGACCGAUUCAACAAUGGCACUAUUGUCAUCUUCUGCGGCGUCAUUUCUCACCGAGGCCUUGGCGGGACGAGCUUCAACUGGUGCAAGAAGGAUAGCUCUUAG